CCCGCGCCUGAGCCUCAGCCAGCCCGCCGGGCACUGAGCGCGGGCGCCCAGGGCGCGUUGCGCAGCUGCUCCUGCGCACAACCCCGCUGCUGCCGGCCCGCACCGGCCGCCCGGAGAGCGAAGCUGGUCCGUGCACUGCGCCCGGCGCCGGCCGCGGAGCAGGAAGCGCAGGCCACGCAGGGACCCAACUGGAACAAAGUGUCUGCCGCCGGGUGCCGCGCCCCGACCCCGCCGCGCCCCUGCGCCGCCCACCAUGGCCUCCGAGGAGCUGUACGAGGUGGAAAGGAUUGUUGACAAAAGGAAAAACAAGAAAGGAAAGACAGAGUAUCUGGUGCGUUGGAAAGGCUACGACAGUGAGGAUGACACGUGGGAGCCGGAGCAGCACCUGGUGAACUGUGAGGAAUACAUCCUUGACUUCAACCGGCGCCACAGCGAGAGACAGAAGGAGGGGAGCUUGGCCCGUGCCAACAGAGCCUCCCCCAGCAACGCCAGGAAGCAGAUCUCCAGGUCCACCCACAGCAACCUCUCCAAGACCACCCCCAAAGCACUUGUGGUAGGCAAAGAUCAUGAGUCCAAAAACAGCCAGCUAUUGGCUACCAGCCAGAAGUUCAGGAAAAAUACAGCCCCAUCUCUUGCAAAUCGCAAGAACAUGGACCUUGCCAAGUCAGGGAUCAAGAUUCUCGUGCCUAAGAGCCCCGUGAAGGGCAGGACCUCGGUGGACGGCUUUCAGGGGGAGAGCCCUGAGAAGCUGGACCCUGUGGAGCAGGGUCCCGAGGACACCAUAGCACCAGAGGUGACUGCAGAGAAGCCCAUUGGAGCUUUGCUGGGUCCUGGUGCAGAACGAGCCAGGAUGGGGAGCCGACCCCGAAUACAUCCAUUAGUGCCUCAGGUUUCUGGCCCCGUGACUGCUGCCAUGGCCACGGGCUUAGCUGUUAAUGGAAAAGGUACAUCUCCGUUCAUGGAUGCGCUAACAGCCAACGGAACAGCUACCAUCCAGACGUCUGUUACAGGAGUGACAGCUGGGAAAAGGAAAUUUAUUGACGACAGAAGAGACCAGCCUUUUGACAAGCGGUUGCGUUUCAGUGUGAGGCAGACAGAGAGUGCCUACAGAUACAGAGACAUUGUCGUCAGGAAGCAGGAUGGCUUCACCCACAUCUUGUUAUCCACAAAAUCUUCAGAGAAUAACUCACUAAACCCAGAGGUGAUGAAAGAAGUUCAGAGUGCCCUGAGCACAGCUGCGGCCGACGACAGCAAGCUGGUGCUGCUUAGCGCGGUGGGCAGUGUCUUCUGUUGUGGUCUGGACUUUAUUUAUUUUAUACGGCGCCUCACGGACGACAGGAAGCGAGAAAGCACUAAGAUGGCGGAUGCUAUCAGAAACUUCGUGAAUACUUUCAUUCAGUUUAAGAAGCCUAUUAUUGUAGCAGUUAAUGGCCCAGCCAUUGGACUAGGAGCCUCCAUAUUGCCUCUUUGUGAUGUGGUUUGGGCUAACGAAAAGGCUUGGUUUCAAACACCCUAUACCACCUUCGGACAGAGUCCAGAUGGCUGCUCUACCGUUAUGUUUCCCAAGAUUAUGGGAGGAGCGUCUGCCAAUGAAAUGCUGCUCAGUGGGCGCAAGCUGACCGCACAGGAGGCGUGUGGCAAGGGCCUGGUCUCCCAGGUGUUUUGGCCAGGGACCUUCACCCAAGAAGUCAUGGUUCGCAUCAAGGAGCUGGCUUCAUGUAAUCCAGUUGUCCUGGAAGAGUCCAAAGCCCUGGUCCGCUGUAACAUGAAGAUGGAGCUGGAGCAGGCGAACGAGAGAGAAUGUGAAGUGCUCAGGAGGAUCUGGGGCUCCGCCCAGGGCAUGGACUCCAUGUUGAAGUACUUACAGAGGAAAAUCGAUGAGUUUUGAUUGGCAGACUGAGCAGGACAUCAGUGGCUCCCAGUCAUCCUCAGCAGUAGCCCACGCUUGGAAGCAGGACUGGAAACAUCCAAGCUAUUUAUUACCGAGGAGUUUUUAAGUACUGUAACUUUAAAAAAUAACUACAAAGCUUCUUUGUCCAAACGUCCUUAUUUUAUACUCAAGUAUACACAGUAUAAAAAUGUAAUUGAGCACCAGACUGCUCUUAGAAGCUCUAAUUUUCUUGUAAGCUAGUUGUGUUUUUUAAAGGAAUUAUGUUUUCAUUUAGGGUGGCAGAAGAGUUUGCAAUAAUGUUUGUUUUACUCAUUUUGGUGGGUUGUUUUGUUUUUUUUUUAAUCUAGAUCACAGACCCUAAAGAGUGCUAGCCAACAGCACCCCCCGCCCUAUACCUAAACAGAUGCAGAAAUCUCUGAAACAUGUUCCCGCAUCUAAGAGGCCGAGGGAGGUACAAGUACCUCGGUACUGAAAAAAAUUCUAAUCAAAAUUAAAACCAACUUGGGAAAAGCAUCAAGGUUGGAAAAUCUGUCCUGAACUACGGGCUCGUGCUGAGAUGCCCGCUGGUUCUCCCGUUCUCACUGCACCCCGUUCUUACCCAGCUAACAUGAAGAAGCAUCGUCUGUGGCGGAAAGCAGGUGAUGGUGCAGAGUGAAUCACUCCCUAGCUUGAGUGCUACUUGCUAAGUUAUAAAUUAGCGCUAGUGGGUUUAAAUAUUUUUUUCUUACCCUUUUGAAAAAUAACUACAUAAGUGCUUCUUGUGGCUGGGUGAGAUAUACUACUUUGCAGUUUUGUCUAUCUGCAGAUAAUGAUGUAUUACACCAAAAAAAGUAUUUUUAUGUUUAUAAAGUGUAAUUUUUAGGUUCACUUAGAAUAUAUUUUAUUUAAUUUAAAAUUCUCUCGGCACACUAUUAAAUACAGAAACUCCUUUCAAAACAGAGAAGAACUACCUUAUAUUUGACAUUUAAUGUUUGCGGUCUCUGCAUUUACGUCUGCCGUAUACUGUGCACAGUAUCGUGUUCAUGAGUACCCCGUGGAGUGGGGACUGAUUCCUGACUACAGGCGCCUAUUACGACUUAGGCAUCUGGGUUUGCAAUCAUAUUGAAUGUAUGAAGAUGGAAAUAAAAUCGAAAACCUUAUUUUUGUACAGUUUUGAAGUUUAUACUCAGAACUGACACCUCCCCAGCCAUGUGGAGCGCUGUGCAGUGUGUAAAUCUGCCUUUACCGUGGAUGGGUUGGUACAGUAUUUUUGCAUCUGUGGGACCUGCUCUUUUGUUCCGUAGUUUGAACUAUAUAUAAACUGUACAAUCUGUAAAGUUUUUAUAGAAUAAAUAUUCAGCUGUGAAAACUGGUUAAAUAAAACUAAUAUUUCUUAACA